UAGAUUUGUGGCUUAUUAUAGCACGGGCACAUCUCAUGCGACAAAAGUUUAAAUCCGGGAUAUAGCGGAAAUCUACAUCGGCGGCUCUCUAGGUCUUGGUUAUAAUAGCUGCAGUUCGCUAUCGCCGUACUUCAUCUUAACUAGAACUUGUCAUAGAUUUCUAGAGUUAAGGUUCUACUAUCUUUUGAGCAUAAUGGCAACUCCUCGUGUCUUUCUCGUCCGUCACGGUGAGACGGAGUGGUCGCUAAACGGAAGGCACACAGGUGUGUCUGAUAUUCCUCUUACAGCUAAUGGCGAAAAACGUGUGAAAGCGACGGGUCGAGCAUUGAUAGGAGAUGACCGGCUAAUUGUGCCGAAGAAACUUGCACAUAUAUACGUAUCACCAAGAAAGCGAGCCCAGCACACAUUCGAGUUAUUAAACUUUGGCAUCUCAGAUCCCUUGCCGUGGAAGGUUCACGGUGAGAAGCUUCCCGACGCUAGUCAUAGCUGCGGAGCACGGGUUGAGGUCACCCAAGAUAUCCGCGAGUGGGAUUAUGGGGACUACGAGGGUAUAACAACCCCCGAGAUCCGCGAGAUUCGUGCCAAGCAGGGCCUCGGUCCGAAAUGGGACAUUUGGAGAGAUGGGUGUGUCGGCGGAGAGAGUCCCGAUGAUGUCACACAGCGCGUAGAUCAUCUGAUCGAUGAGAUUCGGGAGAAGUGGCACGGCCCUGUAAUCGGGAAGUCCAAGUCAGAAAACUUGCCACCAAGCGAUGUCCUGCUCGUGGCGCACGGGCAUAUCCUCCGUGCUUUUGCUAUGAGAUGGGUCCAAAAGACGCUUCAAGACGGCCCAGCUUUCUUGUUAGAAGCUGGUGGUGUUGGGACAUUGAGCUACGAACACCAUAAUAUCGACGAGCCUGCUAUUUUGUUGGGUGGUGCGUUUGUUGUCAGUCCCUAGACGAACGAGAGGUUGUUUAUGCCUUUUAUGUUCCUUUGAAUGAGAUGAUGCCCCAUUAUAGAAUACAAUCUAGAUCUUUCAACUUGACUUGAUUAUAUAUAAUUAACGGCGCCAAUAUUACUGUCGAUA